AUGUCGAGCAAACGGAAAAGCAAGAACAGCGGCGAAAAGAAGCAGAAAACACCUAACGCCGCGCCGAUUUCCGCGCCCCGCCCAAGUGCGGAGAACGGGAAGACUAGCCGCAGAGUUGAGAGGCAUGUGCACAAAUCGAAUUUGAAACUCAAUAAGCAGGCAACUACACCAGUCGAAGGCGAUGACCCUGAACACGAUGUUCCCGUCUACUUCUACGGAGCCAGCAACGCGAACGGUUUUCUAUCACAGAUGUAUCCGGUCAGGUUCGACCACGCUGGGCUGAAGUUUAACUCUGCAGAACAAUAUUUCCAGUACGCGAAGGCUGCUCUAUUCGAGGACGAGAAGAUGAUGGAGGCGAUCAUCAACGAGAAAGAGCCUAAGAAGCAAAAAUCACUCGGCAAAAAGGUCAAGCCUUUCGACAAGGACCUGUGGCAAACAGAAAGCUUUCAUGUCGUGACAUCAGCCACUUGGUUGAAGUUCACGAAAUCAGAGGCGGCUAAGGAACUAAAACCGCAGCUUCUCGCAACGGGUAAACGCUUGCUCGCGGAAGCGUCCCCAAGAGACAAGAUUUGGGGGAUUGGGUUGAACGUCGAGCAAGCCAAGAGCAGGAAACCAAGCGACUGGACAGGGCGAAAUCUGCUCGGACAGGCGCUCAUGUUUGUAAGAGACAGGGUUGUUGCAGAUUUGGAUGAACAGAACGUAACAAGAGAACAAGGUGAGGAGAGCAAGACGACGGGAAAGACAAAAUUGCCGGCAGGUCAUGAACCACUACAAGAAGAUUCCACUUCAGACGUUGAUGCCGAUGGUUCCACGGAUGAGGAAUAUUCGACUGGUCUGCACUUGGAACCACAGCAAACUCCACCCACGAAUGAUAGAACGAUGAAGCCGAAGGCUGUGGUGCCCGAGAAACGUGUCAUGUCAGACGACACUCCACAAAGUAACGGGUCUUCAAAACGGGCUAAGUUAGGACACGAACACACAGCACCUCUACCAACCAUUACCACCGAUUUCGAUUACACCUCCAUGUCAGAUACAAAGCUCUUGUUAAGACUUCGAGCUCUUGGAAUUGACAAAUCGGUACGCCGGGAUACCAAUAUCGAGCGUCUGAUCGAAUACCACGUGGAGGACUUCCUGAAACGCAGUCUUUCAUAUGACGAAUGGCCUGUGCAUUUCUUGGAAUGGGAGACGAAAAGGCGCAGUUUGGACCUCUGGGAGGGAAUGAGCGAGGAAAGGAUGAUUGAAAAUCUUCGAAAAGACGACGUGAACAUGCUUUCAUUGGGUAUUGAAGUCCCAAUCCUAUAG